GAAAGGGAGGUGCAUGUAGUGCAUGGAGAGGGGGAGGAGUGGAUGUUCUUUGCCGACAACUCUGCUGUGCAGACACAACAAGCGAAACAUUUGAAUGAACAGCAGCAGACUAAAGAGCAAGAUGGAGGACUACUAUUACCAUGACGACGAGGACCCCAGCUUCAACGUCAGCUACGACUACAGCUAUGACCACUCGGUGUGCGACAAGGAGACUGUGCGUUCUUUCGCCAGCGUCUUCCUCCCGGCAAUCUAUUCGCUAGCGCUGGUGGUGGGCCUGGCGGGGAACGCUCUGGUUGUGGCGGUCUACGCGUCGCGCUCGCGACUGCGCACCUUGACGGACGUGUGCAUCCUUAACCUGGCCAUUUCGGACCUGCUCCUGCUCGUCACACUGCCGUUCUGGGCGGCGGACGCCGUGCACGGCUGGAGGUUGGGCUCGGCUGCCUGCAAGCUCACCUCCUUCCUCUACAGCACCAACUUCAGCUGUGGCAUGCUUCUGCUGGCCUGCAUCAGCGUGGACCGCUACAGGGCCGUAGCCCAGAGCACGGCGGGGAGGACCGCCAGGGGCCCCCGCGUACGGAGAAAGUGGCUCGUGGUGUGCUUGGCAUUGUGGGCGGUGGCUAGCUUCCUUGGUCUCCCCGAGUUGGUUUUCUCCACCGUCAAGCACUCCCAUCACAGGAUAUACUGUAUAGCUGUGUACCCGCACAGCAUGGCCCGACCCACCAAAGCUACCCUGGAGCUGUUGGAGGUUGGCCUCAGGUUUGUGCUGCCUUUCCUGGUUAUGGUGGUCUGCUACUGCUUGUUGGGCCGUGCCCUGGGCCGAGUGGCGGGUAUGCAAAGGGAGCGGAAGUGGCGGGCCCUACGGGUGCUGUUAGCGGUGGUGGCCGUCUUCCUGCUGACUCAGCUUCCUUACAAUGUGGUGAAACUAUGCAGAGCGCUGGACAUCAUCUACAUGCUAGUGACCGACUGUGAGGUCAGUAAGGGCUUAGAUCACGCCCUCCAAGUGACCGAGAGCCUGGCGCUGACCCACGCCUGUAUAAACCCGCUCCUCUACGCAUUCAUCGGUUCCUCCUUCCGGGGACACAUCCUCAAAGCUGCCAAGCGUCUCGGUCAGCAACUCGGGCAGCACCCCGAACCGGAGGCUGGCGAGUCAGCGGUGGAGAUCGCGCUCACCGCUCGCAAUCAAAACCAAUCACAGUCGGGAUCCGAGGAACCAGACACAAGCACGUUUACCAUGUGAAGUGCACACAUGAACUUGUCACAACACUAACUUGAGGAGCGCAUUCCAGUGUAAAACACAAAAACUGUAACACGUCACGACACCCGUAAACAUUCUUUUAGAUGUUGCUACAUUGAUAUUAAAGGUUUCGUUCCGGAGAAACAUACGAAGUACGUCAGAGGCCGGUAUUCUGUCCACACAUAUCGUGCGUGGGGCGGUAGUGUGCUUGAUCUAGUGAUGUGUGGAGGUUUCGAGGCGUGUCGAGUAAUGGAGGGGGGCGUUUCGGCGAAGCGAGCCUCGCUGUACCACGUGAACGAUUCGGGCCCUGGAGAAGAUUUAGCGAGGAGAUUCAACAACACACAAACGGGUGAAGCUCCAAAGGAAAUUUGGGAUUUUGAGAGUUGUGGUCUGUCUGGAACACGGAUAGAAAAUAAAGAAAUAUAUUUUUUAAGUGCCAAUAGAAUCAAAGAAUACCGAUGCAUGGUUUGAAUAGCACAAAAAUUCUAAACAAACAAAUAUACAGUUCAGGUCAAAAGUUUAGACAUACUGUACCUUCUCCUCAUUCAAUGCGUUGUCUUUAUUUUCAUGACUAUUUUCAUUGUAGAUUGUCAUUGAAGGCAGCAAAACUAGGAAUGAACACGUGGAGUUAUGUACUUAACAAAAAAAAGGUGAAAUAAAUAAAAACAUGUUUUAGGGAAUAAGCGGUAGAAAAUGGAUGGAUGGAUGUUUUAUAUUGUAGUUUCUUCAAAAUUGCCACCCUUUGCUCUGAUUACUGCUUUGCACACUCUCGGCAUUCUUUCGAUGAGCUCCAAGCACACCUGUGAAGUGAAAACCAUUUCAGGUGACUACAUCUUAAAGCUCAUGGAGAGAAUGCCAAGAGUGUGCGAAAAAGUAAUCAGAGCAAAGGGUGGAUAUUUUGAAGAAACUAUAAUAUAAAACUAGUUAUUAUUAAGUACAUAACUCCACGUGUUCAUUAAUAGUUUAGAUGCCUACAGUGACAAUCUACAAGGUAAAUAGUCAUGAAAAUAAAGAAAUCACAUUGAAAUGAGAAGGUGUGUCCAAACUUUUGGCCUGUAGUGUAUAUAUUAUAAAUGUUAUUUUUAUCAGGUCAGUAGUCUGGUAGGGUAAGGGUCUACGCAUCUACCUUUCAUGCCACAAGGCAGGGGUUCGAUUCUCGGCAGCGCUAUAUCGCAAAUAUUAUGUAAACAUUACUUUUUAUUAAGGUAACACAUUCUGUAAGGUAUUUAUUCUCUUUUAAACAAUCACCAGAAUUGAACAGAUGGAUGAUGGAGAGGUUGUCAAGAAAAAAGUAUCGCUUAAAUAACAAAUGAACUAAAUCUUCCCUGUUCUGAACAUCGCUGUCCAAGUUACUUUGGACAUCUUCCUCUUUAAGCCCAUAAGUAUUAUCCCCCAAAGUGACAGAAAAAGAUGCCCCAUCGUAUAAUACUACCAUGUUGGCAAAAAACAAAGCUCAAUGCUUUAGAGCGCAUAAUAUUUAAUGUCAGUAAUUGUCUUGCAAGAAGAUUCAUUCCAUACUUGGUGGUGGUAAGCUACUAUAUUAGCUACAGCUGCCCUUGGGGUACACUGACAGUUUUAUGGGUGGCACCCCUGCGGAACUAAGUGCUCCCCGCGUAUCACCCCUGAAAAAAAGUCUGGACACACCACUGGCUAUGCUGAAAACAAUUCACUUUAGGGUAAUACACGUUCAUAGCUUUCAAACCAUCAUACCUUUGUGUUGUUAGUAUUGUAACUUCUAACGAAGGCUGUCAAAGUUAACACUAUCACAAGCUAACAAUAAUUUCCUUCAAAGGCAAGAUUUCUUGCAUUGCAGUUGACGUUGAGCCACAAGAGGAAAGAAAUAGCAAGCAGAAAUAAACAAACAGGCUACAUUGAAUGGAAAGCCAAGCUCCAAAGCCCAGGCGGUUCACUCUCCCAUCAAGACCAAAGCCAUUUCCAUCCAUCACCGGAAAAUGCCAUCCAGAGAAAAGAACCCUUCCACCUCGACAAAGGCAGGACAGGUGUCACCUCAGUAUUUGGAUACCAGUUUAGCGGAUUUCAUAAUCCAAAAUGUGGAUUGUUACGAUCAUGCUUUGACUGUAACGGAGGUGUGCUAAUUAAAAUAAUGGUGAUAUUCAUACUUAUCUGUUUGUACCUGCCAGUACAGUGGUUCUCAACCUUUUUCAGUUAUGUACCCCCUUUGAUUUUUUUUUUAAUUCAAGUACCCCCUAAUCAGAGCUAAGCAUUUUUGGUUGAAAAAAAGAGAUAAAGAAGUAAAAUGCAGCACACUGUCAUCAGUUUCUGAUUUAUCAAAUUGUAUAACAGUGCAAAAUAUUGCUCAUUUGCAGUGGCCUUUCUUGAACUAUUUGGAAAAAAAGAUAUAAGAAUAACUAAAAACUUGCUGAAAAAUAAACAUGUGAUUCAAUUAUAAAUAAAGAUUUCUACACAUAGAAGUAAUCCUUGACUUAAAGUGCCCUCUUUGGAGAUUGUAAUAGAGAUCCAUCUGGAUUCAUGAACUUAAUUCUAAACAUUUCUUCACAAAAAAAGAAAUCUUUAACAUCAAUAUUUAUGGAAUAUGUCCACAAAAAAUUUAGCUGUCAACACUGAAUAUUGCAUUGUUGCAUUUCUUUUCAAAGUUUAUGAACUUACAUUCAUAUUUUGUUUAAGUAUUAUUCAAUAAAUAUAUUUAUAAAGGAUUUUUUAAUUGUUCCUAUUUUUAGAAUAUUUUUAAAAAAUCUCACGUACCCCUUGGCAUACCUUCAAGUACCCCCAGGGGUACGCGUACCCCCAUUUGAGAACCACUGUGGUAGUACAUCAAUUGAGGAUUAUAAAGAAAAAUAUAUUUUUUCUGCCGGGCUGAAAUACUGCAUAUUCCCUUCUAACAUGUUCUGUGUUUAGCAGGCAGAUUGCCUGGAAAUAAUACACUUUCUUACAAACUAAAGAAAUUUAGUACAUUCUCUUGCACAUAUAGGAAUAGGAUUAACUUGUACAACACGUAAUGUGCAGAAUAUCAGAGGCAUUUAUUCGGGUAAAACGAUCACAGGUUCCAUUGCCAAAAUUGUUUGACAAUCAAGGCAGGAUUGCAACAAUCCACAUUAGGAAUGUGCAAUAAACUGCAGACAGUUGAUUAAUUUUAAUCAUUUAUAACAUACCUUAACAUUACUUCAUCAAUAAAUGUAUUUCAUUUUUAUACUUUACCCAAAAUAAUUACACAAUGAGGGUAAUUGCACUUGACUGAGCUAACCUAUGUAUUUUGUAAACAAUGUGUGUUUUGUUGAAAUAAAUACAGCAUUUUCACAAACUCGUACCCUGAGUCAUUGCUAAAACAGUUAGUGCUGUUUUGCUAUGGUAACAAAUGGUUGUACUGCACAACAUCACUCUGGCAAUUGCCUCUCAUCUAAGAGCUAAUGCUAACAUGUCCAGUGAGUGGGAGAAAGCUUCCAGAGACUCAUCGAGUCUUUAAGCCAUUAAGGCACCGUAGUGUUUGUCAUUUUUUCCAUCCUCAGUACCUGUUAGUCAUCCUCUUUCCGUUGCACUGGUCAAACUACUGGUUACACCACAGGCAUUUGGAAAAAGAGCACACAGCCUGCUCUUUACAAGAAUCUAGUGAAAGGUUUGCUGCUGUGUCAUAGUAAGGGCAUACAUGAGAUGUCAUUUAGAAAUACAAUCCAAGAGGAAACACCCUGAAGAUGACACUCAGUCCUUGUCAACAACGCCAAGCUGUGCUUUGUUUCACAGUGACUGCGCUGAGAUUGAGAUGUUAUGACUCCCAGUAGAGAUCACAAAGUAUGACAAAACUGUCAACAUUCCUUCCUAUUAAUGCUUGUUGUGGUUGUGCAGAAAGACAUGAUGUUUCCUCCUCCAGAGAACAUUUCACAAACACACGUGUUAAAAGACAUUCCCAGCAACAAGACGGGGAUAGGAAAACACAAACAAACAGCGGAAAAUCUCGGAGGCCUGUUAUAGAAAGCAGGAUGUAUUCCUAUGAGGAUUAAGUACGGAUAUGUUGUACCACAAAGCUGGUUUACCGGUAAUCAAGGGUUUCCCGCAGAGAUUUGUUGUUAAGGCGGCCUUAACAACAAAGAGCCACCGCCUAAACUAACGUCUUAACAAGAUCUCAAGUAGGGCUGGGCGAUAUAUCGAUAUACACGAUAUAUCGCGGGUUUGUCUCUGUGCGAUAUAGAAAAUGACUAUAUCUUGAUAUUCGAGUGUACGUUCUCACGCAGUUGCUUUUAGCUGCGAGCAUUACACUACAGGCUCUUCUCGGUCUUUCCUUUCUCCUUCUCACAGACAAACAAGCGCACCUUACAUACGUCACAUACUGUCACUUCAUACGUCACAUACGUAUACCCCCUCGCGGAGCAGAGCGGUAGCGGCAUGGGUAACGUCGAUUGAACGAAGAAUUUAUUCCCAAGAAAAACAGCAGGUGGUCCAUCGUCUGCCAGUGGUUUGGCUUCAAAUGGGAAUAUGUCGAACAGCCAACCGUAAUUUGUCAAGUGCGGGCCAAAAGCGUUGCUACCAAAAGUAGCAUUACAGCUAAUAUGUAGCAUCAUUUGAAAAGUCACCUGCUAGAGAAUGAGGAGUGCUUAUUACGCAUGACAACAUUUCCGUUCGGUGCCAAACCAUCAAAAUGCCAAGGCAACCAUUUACAGAUCAACACCUUUUGAAAAAAAUAGUCAACAACAGAAUUUAAUAACGAACACUAUUUGAUUUCCUAUUAUGCACCUCAUUUUAUUUGACACUUAAAAUGUCUCUGACAAUCUUGCAUUUUCUGUUUUGGAAAUGACAUGAACGUUUGUGCCAUUGCUUAAUAACUGUGUAAUAAAUACAGUUUUGGUCAAUUGA